AUGUUUUUGAAAGUCAUCCUAACUCUGGCAGUGCAACUGGCUCAGUUUAUUCCAGGAACAACAGUCUUCACCUUGGAGGCCACAGACCCAGAUCAGGACAAUGUUUACUUCAGUAUCGAGUCAGAGUUUCUGGGUGUGGAUCAGGUCACAGGAAGGGUCAUCCUGAUCAAAGAGUUAGACAGGGAGGUCUCCUACACAGCAACCAUCAGGGUAUCGGAUGUCAAUGAUAACGACCCAAAGUUCCUGUCUACUCCCUAUAUUGUCACACUGGAUGAGGAUUACAGGGUUGGCUUUCCUGUCUUCCUUGGGAUUGAGGUGGAAGAUCCGGAUUCAGGGCCUGGUGGGGCGUAUCAAUUUUCUUGUGGAGGGGGAUGUGAUUGGUUUAAUAUUGACCCAAUCUCAGGACUGAUCCUGCUCAGUAAACCACUAGACUACGAGUUCCUGCCUGCCUAUUGGAUGCUCAUCAACUGUACUGGUUUUUCAGUCGUGACAACAGCUGCUGUUGACGGAGACAGGGGAGUCGGCAAUCCCAUUGGCUACUCAAUAAGUGGUGGAAAUGAUGGGAAUUUUUUCCUGAUCAGUGCUACAACAGGAGAGAUCACUGUUGCCCGUCCACUGGACAGGGAUGCCUUCCUGGAUAAGUUUGGCAUAUGGCAGCUGACCAUUACUGCUACCGAGGACAAGAAUGGCGUGGCAGGCCAGGCCACGUCCACCAUUGUUACCAUUACUAUUGAAGACGUCAAUGACGAGGAGCCCACUUUUGACCGCCACUCCUACGUAGGGAGCUUCCCUGAAAACUACCCAGAGGGCGUCCCUCUCCCCAAUCUCAACAUCUUUGUGGCAGACCUGGAUGAGGGUGAUAACAGUAAACUUCAGGUCUACUUGGAUGAUGACUGGGGAGCGUUUAGCAUCACACCCACUGAGCUUGAGGGGUCAGCAGACAUCCAGGUCUACAUCACCAACUCCUCACUACUGGACUACGAGACCAUGGAUAACUUCACACUCAGGAUUGUGGCAGUGGAAACAGCCACCAAUGAACAGUUCUCAGACACGGCGUUUGUGAACAUUCUGCUGGAGGACCAGAAUGACAACGCACCGAUCUUCAACCACGAGCUGUACACAGGGGAGGUCAGCGAGGCAGCUGUUCCUGACACCUAUGUUACUGCUGUGCUGGCAAUGGACUAUGACACAGUGCCUGACUACAGGACAAUCCGGUAUUCUCUACAUGGAGCUGGAUCAGAAAGAUUUGCCAUCGACCCAGUCUCUGGGAUCAUCACACUAGCAGGGUCGCUGGAUUAUGAGGACAAUCCCAAAUAUUACCUGAUCGCCCAGGCUGAGGAUGGUCCAGGUCUGCUCACCACUGUCCCUGUAGAGAUCACAGUUCUGGACUACAACGAUGUCCAGCCAGUUUUUCUGAUCCAAGAAUAUCAGGUCUACAUAGAGGAGAACAGCCUGCACAUGCCUGAGUGGAUGUUUGUGCAUGCCACAGACUACGAUGGAUCAGAAAUUAACAACAGAAUAGAGAGUUACACUCUGUCCAACGCCACCAACUUUGCCAACCACUUCAACAUCGGGGAGACUACAGGACUCCUGUCAAUCACGGAAGCCAUAGAUUUUGAAGAUGUUGUGAGGACCAAUGGGAAGCCAGAGAUACGACUGGAGGUGGUUGCAAAGGAUAGUGGGACACCACCGCUCAGUACCUUGGCUAAUGUCACUGUGUUCAUCAUGGAUGCGAAUGACAACGAACCCAUAUUUGAGGAAGAUGAAUACAGGGUGGAGAUUGUAGAAGUGGUUGAGACAGGUGCCACCAUAGUCCAGGUACGUGCCACGGAUGCUGACUCUGGGCCCAACCAGGCGCUGGUUUACUCCCUGGUCGGUGAACACAGCCAGCUGUUCAACAUUGAACCCAGGACAGGACUGGUCACUGUGGCUGCAGGCAGCCAGUUUGACCAGGACUUGGUGGAUGAGUACCGGCUGCUCGUGAUCGCCACAGACUUCGGAGCACCGGCCAGGUCUGGUACAGCUAACCUCGUCAUCAGGAUAUUGGAGGGGAACAACAAAGCGCCAAAGUUCCUUCAACCUUUCAUCAGUGCUGCCGUACCAGAAGAUACCCUGGUGGGUUGGCAGGUGGCACAGUUAAACGCCAGCGACGCAGACAACACGUCUGACAUCCAGUACCUUCCUAUCAGGCCGUACUUUGUUAGGGCCUGGAAUGGAGCAAUUCUUAACAACUCAGUCUUCAGUGAUACAAACGAGACAUUUGAGGAUUGGUUUGAAGUGGACUCUACCACUGGUGUGGUGACAGUGGGGAGGGCCCUGGACAGGGAAACGGCAGCCAUGUUUGAGCUCACUGUUCUAGCCGUGGACACUGAGGCUGAAACCACUGGACAAACUGCAACAGCUCUGGUUGCCAUUUUCAUUGAGGACCGGAAUGACAACCCCCCAGUGUUCAGACCCCCCCAUACCGCCCUCACCCCCUACUACCAACUGUCCAUGCUGGAGGAGACAGGCCGGGGCAUCUCUGUUCUCACUGUCAGUGCAGAAGACCCUGACUCGCCCUGGGCUGUCAUCACUUACCAGUUAAUCGGGGACAGUCAAGACUACUUUGCCAUAGACAAUGUAACAGGUGUUGUUACUGUGGCCAGACCAGUGGACUAUGAGAUGGGGGUGAGGUGGGUGAACCUAACUGUGAACGCCACAGAUGACGGGAACCCUCCACUAUCAACCUCAACUCCUGUCAGUAUCCAGAUUGUGGACAUCAAUGACAACAGUCCUGUCUUCCGGGAGGAUUUCUACAGAGUAUCUAUCCCAGAAGACACCAGUGUUGGUGAUGUCAUCCUGAAUGUGUCAGCGUCUGAUGCAGAUUCAGGAGAGAAUGGAAACAUCUUCUACAACGUGACAGGGGGAGGGGGCAGGUUCUCUGUUCAUUCCACAUCGGUGGAGGUGACAGUGCUUGAUGUGAAUGACGUCCCCCCGACCUUCCCCCACGCCGUGUACCAUGCUGACAUACAGGAGCACGUCCUGCUGUACUCUCAUGUCAUCACAGUCCAGGCUCACGACCCUGACCUGGGGCCAAGUGGGGAGAUUAUCUACACCAUUCUGGCAGGCAAUGGAGCUGUGUCUGCCCUGGACAACGACCCUUUGGAUGGGGGGAGGAUCUCCUACAGGAUUACAGACAACGUUGGACACAUCAACGACUCUCUUAUGUUCAGCAUUAAUGAAGACAAUGGAGACCUCACUACAGCACGGCUGCUGAAUAGAGAAGUGCAAGAAUACUACAAUCUGUUAUUAGUGGCUGAAGACAGAGGCAGUCCAACAUCCUUCUCAUCCUACCGGUUCAUCACCAUCAGGGUUACGGAUGUGGACGACAGUGAACCUUACUUUCCUGACAUCUGGCACAGUGCAACAGACGUUGCAGUGGAGUUCAGUAUAAGAGAGAACCUGGCAGUGGGAACAGAGAUUGGUGCUGUCCCACCGGCUAUCGAUGAAGACCUUGGAGCUAACGCGGUUCCUUACUACUACAUCAUAGGUGGAGCAAGUAACAAAUUUGCCAUCAGCAAGAGAACAGGAGUUCUGUCCAUACGGUCAUCCGACCUUGACUAUGAGGUCCAGAGUGACUUCAAACUGACGAUCAAGACUUCGAGUGACCCUGAGUUCAACACAGCUGCACUGACCACAAGAGGAAGAAGAUCCACACAUGAUGAUCCUUCAGUCUUGGAAGUUGCUAUACAUCUAGAAGAUACCAAUGACAAUGCACCCAGAUUCUCCAGACAGAAGUACAGCACUGUUGUGUCAGUGGAUACAAAAUAUGGAACAACAGUUAUUCGGACUGAGGCCUCUGAUGCUGACUCUGGGAACUUCAGUGUGACGUGGUUCUACCUACACUCCUGCAACUUUGUACAACAGAACAGCAGGACCCCAUGUCCAGAUACAUUUAGGCUGGACAGGACUGAUGGGUCUCUGAUCACCAAUGAGCUGUUUGGUUCUUACAUGGAUAAGGGAUACUUCAAACUGUUGAUUCAGGCUGUGGAUUCUGUAAGAGCGGACUUUGUUGAUGUGGCAGAGGUUGAAGUGUACAUUCUGAGUGAAAAUCAGCAGGUUCUGUUGACAAUAGACAGGUCUCCUGAAGACAUUAGGAGUGAGGAGGACAAUUUGGUCAGAUCCUUACAGACAUCUACAGGACUGGAGGUGGUGGUGGAUGACAUCCAGUACCACAUGCCACAGAAGAGCAGUGUGGAUGAAACCAAACUGAUCACUGAUGACAGUGCCGUCCUGUCGUCAGCAUCCAUCUCUCAAGUGACGCCCCUGGAGGCGGAAACUUGUGCAUCAGAAGCAAACUGCUCCGUGUUGGAGGGCAUUCUGAUUGGGCUGGGGGCUGUGCUGUUUGUUGGAACUGUCAGCCUCAUUUGCAUAACAUUUUGCCUCAAGCACAGAAUCCUGCGUACGACAGAAGGUCUGUCCGGCUAUGAUGUCACACGUACUUUGACAGCACCCUAUGCACUACCACUUUGUCACUUGCAUGUUCACCGGGCAGCACUCUACCUUCUGACAGUAACAGUAGAGAAUGGAGUGUCGACCAUUCAACCAGCAGCACCAGUAGAACCCCCGUAUGCCAAGGUCAAUGCCAAGCCUGAGAGAACCAUGGACAAGAAGCACCCUGUCGGUAUCCUCAAGAAGUCUCCUCCUCGACCAGGUCUGCUGACAGAACAUGGCCCACCUGUGGACACCUACAACCCACCUGUGGACACCUACAGCCCACCUGUGGACACCUGCAGCCCACCUGGCACACUCUCAAGGCGCAGGAGCGAUGGGGACUUGCUAGACCUGGAGGAAGCACAUGUACAGUCUGGGUCGGGUAAGGGCGGCGUGCCGGUUAACGAGAUGGCGGUUCGGGCGGCCAUGUUGUGGAACUCGGUGGUCGAUCACCUGUACUGUGCGGGGGUGCCCAACCCUGCACCUGAUGCAGAAAGUCCUCUACCCCGCCCAAGGAACCCCUCCCCCCACCACUUGAGAAGGAAGAGCAGUGAGUCCAACCCCCUGUACCGGCUGGAGAAAGCCAUUCUGAUGGAGAUCCCGGAUAGCACCUUGUCAUCACAUAAUACUCCUGACAGGAGACAGCACAGGAUGGAUGAGGAGACGUCCCAUCUCAUCAGACAUGAAGGCUACCCUUACGAUAACGACGAGGGAGAAGACAGCACAGGGUUGGGCACAGCUAAUCCAGUCUACCCUGGACGGGCCCAGCCCCUCAGCAACUGGGUAACUGCUGAAGAAGACACCCCUGUUGAGCCAACGUACAGAGAAUACGUCGAUCGCACGAGUCACCCAGAAAUGGCGGGAAAGCGUGGGAGAGCGCCGGUUCUUCCGCCCGACGCCAGUCCACAAAGGGAUGAGGUGUACAAUCCCCUUGUGCGACCGGAUCAGAGGAACCCAAAAAUGUCCCAGUACCGCGGCGGCGGCCGACCUGUCCAGCUGAUGUCCCCGGGGGGGAGCAUCCCGGAGGAGAGUGCGGAAGACGUGCUGGGCUUGGAUUCUCCGAGAGCCGAGAGUCCGCAGCAGGAGCAGAACUCUUCCUCUGGGAGAGGAUCCUUGAACAACGAGCGUCCGUGGAUCGCGUUUCACGACAGUUCUGACUCUUCUCCGGUGAGGACGGUGACAGGAAGGGUGAUGUCGCCCUCCAGGAGGAUGCACGUGGCGGCUCAGGUGCAUCAUGUCACGGAGACGUCGUCAGCGGAUAGCUCACCCGUGCGCCUGGCCAGCUACUCCAUUCCGAGGGUACAGAAUGUAUCCAUGAAGCAGGUGCACCAACCCGCAUUUCAGACGCCACAAGCCAAGGAGGACGGCCCUCGCAUCGAGUUCACCCCAACCAAAAACGACACGCCACCUAGCGACUCUGGGCUGACAGUGCACGUGACUCCCGCGCAGGGCAGCAAAACGACGAGGACGGAAAGCGAAGAAGACGUCGGCUUCCAGCAGAAGUUUGAUUCUGUCACCCCUGCGAAGGAGUCACUUCCGAAGCGCAGCGUCGCUAGGCAGAUCAUGUUUUUUGAGCAGAUGUCCAAGUCUACGGGGUCCUCCAACUCAGGGCCCGACCCUGACACAGACGUACCCAUCUCCCUAAUCUAG